GUAGGUUAGGUUUAGGAUUAGGUUAUGUUUGAUUCUUCCUUUAAAUUGUCUGUUUGUUUCUUCUUGGCCUGUAUUUAUUUUAAUUGACGAUUGAGUUUUGAGUCUUGUGCUUAUGCUCUUGGUACAUACACUUACCGUUCAGACCGAUUUAUUUUUGUGUAAGCACUGUAAUUUUUGAAGGACACUUAUAAAUAUGGUUAAACAAUCGAGAAAGAAGAAACAAGAUGCAGAUUUAGACCUUGAAAUUAAUGAAUAUGAACCCUCUGAGUCGGAUGAUGAAUAUAAUGACACUGAGAGGUUAAUGUUAAAACAGGCUGCUAAAAGACGAUCUAAACAAGCUGACGACAGUGAUGAAUCAGAGGAAGAGGUUCUUGGUGUUCAUGAGUCAGAAGAUGAAGAUGAAGAUGAUGUGGACGUGGGAGAGCCGCUGGGUGAAGAGAUGGACAGUGAUAUCGAAGGCAAAGACGAUGAUGACCAUCUACCUGACUCCAAGGCGUGGGGCAGCAAGAAGAAGAGUUAUUACAACACCGACUAUGUAGAUCAGGACUAUGGAGGAUUUUCAAAAGCUGAAGAAGAGGAAGCUGCUUUAUUAGAAGAACAAGAAGCACGAGCCAUUCAGAAUCGUCUGAUUGCUGAGUUGGAUGAAGCUGACGUUUCUCUUGGGAUAUUACCAGCAAAGAAUUCUGAGGUAAACAAAAAAGGUGCAAGUUUUGAAGAUGACGACUUCAGUGAGAUAAUAAAAACAGAUGUAAGCAAGUUGAGCAAGAGAGAAAAGUUGGCACUUCUAGAAAAAGAGUCUCCAGAAUUUUCAGGACUAGUAUCUGAUUUUAAAGAAAGAAUGACUUAUGCCAAAGACAAUCUAGAGCCAAUUUUGAAUAUGGUGGACUCAGGAGAAAUUCCCCAAUGUCAGGCAGUCAAGUUUAUAUCAACAAAGUACCACCUCAUUCUGAAUUACUGCACGAAUAUUGCAUUUUAUCUGCUGCUGAAAAGCAAGAGAUCCCGGGUGAAAACUCAUCCUGUGAUCAAAAGAUUGGUCCAGUUUCGUAAACUUCUAGAUGAAAUGGACCCAAUAGAUGAGGAAAUAAUACAGCCUCAGGUUAAAGAAAUACUCAAAAUCAAAAGAAAAGGAAAGGAGUUGAACAUCAUCCAUUCCCCGGUCCAACCUCCUCCUGUUAUUACAGGGAACAGGGCGGAGAGGAGAAGAAAACUUCAACUUCUCAAGGAAGAGGAGGAUAGUAGAAACGCUAAAAAACCUAAAAUUGAAAGUUUUGAAGACAUUCAGCUUCAUGAAAACGAGCCAGAGAGUGAAGAAGAAGAAGAAGGAGAUGAAGACACCGAGAAAAGAGGAAUCACCUAUGAAAUUGCUAAGAACAAAGGUCUCACUCCAAAGCGAAAGAAAGAAAACAGGAAUCCACGUGUCAAAAAUAAAAAUAAAUUCCGCAAAGCAACAGUUAGAAGGAAGGGUCAAGUCCGUGGAGUCUACAAAGAGAUCAAGCGCUACGAUGGAGAACCUUUUGGUAUCAAGGCGAGCGUCAGCAAGAGCGUAAAGUUGAAGUAGUAAGUUUCAAUAAAUGGUUGAUUUGGUGUAAAA